GAGCCGAGGCGCUGAGGGGAGCCGAGGGAGCGCUCCGGGGCCGGCGGGUGCUGCUGGGGAGGCGCAGCCCCGGCAGGGAGCGGCGCUCGGUAACGGGUCCCUCCCGGGCUGGUGCCCCCCGGGCGGCGUCUCGCCCAUCGGGGCCAGGCUCCGCUGCGCGGGUUGGGAGCGGGUGGGUGCUGGACCGAGCCCUGCGCCCUGCCCGUCCUUAAAUCGCCGUGUGAGGAAAGGCAGCGCCUUGCGUGGCCCUGAGCAACGGCACCACCGUCAGCGCCUGGGGACAAGGAAGUGCAGACAAGCUCCAUGCCCAUCUCACACGUCCGGUGUUGUCACACGGCUAAUAAAGAUCCCUUUGGCUCCGUGCUGCCAGGAUGUUCACUGACACACUUUCCUGUUUGCGCAUGGAACCCAGAUUCCCUUUGCAUGCCCGUGGUAUCCUCAGAAAAAAGGAAUUUCAUUCAUUCAUCCUCAGAGGCUUCCAGUUUCCUGAGGGGGGCUCGUGUGCUGGCAAGGAAAGAGGCUGAUGGCUAUUAUUACCUGGGCCACGUUGCACAAGAGGUGAAGGGCUCAAGGGAACGCUUUGUAAUCGAGUUUGACAAAAGUCGCGCUCUGAAAGGCAAGGUGGAGCUUCGCAUGCAGGAAACGCCUCUCUACGACAUCCUCCACUACGAAGAUGCCAGGCGACAGCCACUCGCUCCAGGAGACAGGGUCCUGGCACCAUGGGAGGCUAAAGCUGAGCGUUUUGGCCCAGGCACUGUGCUAAAGGUUAUGGGGAACGAGGAGGCACACUUAGCACAAAAUCGAAAGGGAGUGCUUGUCAGUUUCUGGAACGGGCAGACCAAGGAGGUACCUGCUGACCGAGCCCUGCGCAUCCCCCUGCCCCUCAGCGAGCGCAUCAUCCUGGAACUGCAGAUGCCUCUAGCGGCCAGGCAGAUGGUGGUGGAGUCCAGCUCGGACUACCCGUACGUCGUGACACCGGGUUACAGACCUUCCGGGCAUCGCAGACAGGGGCGCUCAGCUCUGGAGUGCUGCCCAAGGGGCCUGCGUUCAGUUCAGCCCCGUGCUACGUGCAGCUGUAGGUGCACCUUGCUUCCCCGCUGCUGCCUGGCAGCCUGCGAACAGCCUCAGCCCACAGAGCACAAAGUGCAGCGAGAAGAUGCCUUCGUGCCAGGAGCCAGCGUCGCUACAGAAGAGCUCAGCAAGAAAAUAGAAGAGCAACCCUCUGAAGUGAGGAUUUCCCCUUCAGGAAGUGUUUCCAGAGAGGAAGAGAAGAGAUUGAAGGCAGGAAAUGCUCCAAAAGAUGCUGAGUGUUCUUUGGAAGAGGACAAGGAGGUUUUAGAUCCUAAGAAGAGUCCCCCGAGGGAGCCGGCUCAUGCUACUAUGGUUGAUGCUGCUGUCAGCACGGACAGCUGGCUAAUGGAGGCAGUCCGCAAGGAGGAAGCAGGCAGCAGGCAGCAGGAUGCUGAAACUGACGCUCAUUUUAAACACAAACACGGCCUUUUAGAGUCCAGAGUGGCAGAAGCUCCAAUCCAGCCUUCCCAAAGGAGCCCUUCCCUGGGAACCAGUGCUUUGGAUCCCUUCAGGCGACAAAGCUUCUUUGACCGAGUGAAUCAAUCACUCGAGAAAGACAGGCUGGCCAUUGAGUCAGCUCUGCGUGUACAGAGGCCACACAGCACCUCCAGUGCGCAGGCUAGGAGAUCCACAAACCUCCUGCAUCUUCUAAAAGACAAAAGCAUUACAAAAUCAGUCCUUAACAGUGCAUCUCAGGAGACAUGGAAAGAGAUAGACCUCAACAGAGCCAAGAUUGAGCACAGAAGGGGACAAGAGGAAGAGAGGCAGCGGAAGAGGCAACAGCAGCAAGAGGCAGAAGCUCUCCGACGCCAGCUACGCCGGAACAACCAGAGGCAGCGAUCGCAUCAGAGAAUGUUGCAAGGGUUGGAGAAACAGCUGGAGCACAAAGACAGAGCUUUGCAGCACAUGGCAUUGCUUCAAGCAGCGUGGUCAGAGAGGAGCAGGAAGGAAUCCUUCUUGUCAGAGGAGGAGAACAGAAAGGCAAGUCAGAGGCUGCAGUUCUUACAGACACGGCGAUUGCAGAGAGAGAAUUUGCUUGCAGAACGCAAUGAAAGGAGCUUUGAACAGGAAAAAGAAAGGCUGGAUUUUCUGAAGAGCAGAAUGCAGUCACAGCAGCAAAUGCUGAAGCAAGACUCCCAGGAGCAGGACAGGCAACAAAAGCAGCACCAGGCUGCCAAAAGGAAAGUGUUCCAGCACAGAAACCAUUCACAGGAGAAGGCGCAAAAAGAAGACCAGAAACACUGUGACCUUCAGCAGUACCUCAGGGAACAGAAUCUUUUGAUGCUCCGGGCAUCACUGCUCGCGUAAGGAAACGGCAGCAUGGGUAAGCAGGUGCUGAUCAGUCCACAAACCCGUUCUGCACAUCCAUGUACGGCACUGUGCUGCAGUCUGGGUGCCUGAGUGCAGCUGUGACAAAUGGAAUUAGGACUCGUGGAGAAAUCUUUUAUCUCCCUUUCAUUGCAGCCAGCAUGCAUUUUCACUGCUCUGUCCCUUAAUUUUUUUUUUUCCUGGGGUUACUGUUCUGUCCCACCUGGCCAUUGAGUGGACCCCCACCUCUGUCAAACUGUUCUUCGGUGUUAGGCUUACGCAGCGACCCCGCUGACAGGCCCAAGUCUGCAACCCAGAGCUACGCUGGUACUUAAUGUGAAACACAAGCAUAGUGCUGCCAUCCUGCCCCAAAGGCAGCUGAAGGGGGCGAGCCGUUUCCACAGGAGUCAGCACCUGUAGAGUUUAGUGUUGUAGUCUGGGACUGGUGGAAGAGUCAUGGGGCAAUCCUGAACCGAGCAGCGGGUGACGCGUUUUAAUUACUUUCAAGAUUCAAGUGACAGAGAAAGGAACGAGUUAAGUGGCGUAGGCCACACAAUUUACAGUACUAAGUGAAGAACAAGAAUGAAGGUCAAAAGAAACUCCCCGGGAAUGAGUCUCUCAAGCUCUCUCACAGCUACUGUAAAGUAGCAUGGCCAUCGGCACAGAUUACAUCCCACUGUACAAGGUGGCAGGGGAAUUAAAUAGAGGCCUGAAAAGACUGCUGCUGCUGAAUUCUGGGAGCUUUCUGCCCUGCUGUGUUUCUUCCAGAACAGGGCCAGAAGAGCACGUUUCUUAAAGGUCAAGGACAACGU